UCAUGAAGCAACAACUGAAAUUUCAUUAUUCAAUUUAAUUAUUGUUGAUAUUAAAAUAGUAUUAGUUAAUUAAACCUUUUUACCGUUCUAUGAAACAUGAUAUAACUACUUCAAAUUUGUUCAAAAUUAACCUCUUUUUCUCAACAAUAAUUAUCUCUUAUAUUUUUAAACCUUCUCGUGUAUAAAUAGUGAUAAAGGAGAAAAACCCAAUUCAUUAGCAAUCCUUGAAACUAUUUGCGGGUUAGUGUCUCUUUAAAAAUGGCUUCUUGCGAGGACGGAAAUACACCAGAAAUUGUUGCGUUUAUGAAGCUGGCGUUAGAACAGGCACAAAUUGCAUUUGACAGCCUUGAAGUGCCUGUCGGUUGUGUUAUUGUUAUGGAUGGGAAGGUGAUAUCAAGUGGAAGAAAUCGGACUAAUGAAACCAGAAAUGCAUCAAGGCAUGCUGAAAUGGAAGCGAUCGAUGUUCUUCUUGAGGAGUGGAAGGAAAAGAAACGUACAAAGGCUGAAGUUGCUAAUAUGUUCUCAAGAUGCUAUCUUUAUGUUACAUGUGAACCAUGUAUAAUGUGUGCUGCUGCCUUGUCAUUUCUUGGUAUUAAAGAGGUCUACUAUGGAUGUUCCAACGAUAAAUUUGGAGGUUGUGGAUCAAUAUUAUCCUUGCAUACAAAUGCAUAUGGGAUAUCUAAGAGUAGUGAAGAUGUGAGCAAGAGUUACAAAUGCACCGGCGGGAUAAUGGCUGAAGAAGCUAUUUCUCUCUUCAGAAACUUCUAUGAGCUUGGAAACCCUAAGGCCCCAAAACCUCACAGACAGCCACUUCAACAUAAUGCUUAAAGAUGUUUGGCGUGUUACAGGUUUAUGAAUAGGCAUGCUUCUUGCAUCUUCUCCUUCUGAUUAGCAUGGAUAACCACAUGCUCAAUUACAGUUUUAAAUUUAAAAGAAAACUAUUUUAAUAUGGUAUUGACAAUUUUACAUGGUGUAACAAUAUAUCUGUUUUGUGUU